CGGAGGAGAUCCGGGAAAACAAUGAAUCUGUUUGUGGAGGUUCUCCUGUUCCUGGUCACGCUCCUCUACUCCUACCUGGAGGCUUUUGUGAAGCUCUUCGCCAUUUGCAGUGAUAGAAGGGUGGAAACAGGAUUUCUGACUUCUCAUUUGUUCUUUUUCUCUUCCUGCAGCUCAAGCAAGUUUGCUGCAGUUGGAUUCCAUAAAGCUCUGACAGAGGAGCUGGCUGCCCUGGGAAAGGAUGGAAUAAAAACAACUUGCCUUUGUCCAGUUUUUAUCAACACUGGAUUUGUCAAAAACCCCAGUGCAAGGCUUGGAAAGAUUUUGGAGGUUGAAGAAGUUGUAGAAACUCUGAUGGAAGGAAUAGUGACCAACCAGAAAAUGGUUUUUGUUCCACCACAGCUGAACAUUGCUUUGCUUUCUGAAUUGGUAUUUCCAGAACGUGCCCUGAACCUUCUGAAGAAGAUGACCACUCCAAAGUUUGAUGCAGUCAUUGGGCAGAGAAGCAGUCAGUGAAAAGCAAGAAUUGAUUGUCAUUUCCCAGAGGCUCCAGUGAAAACAGAACAUGUGCUGAGCAGAGUUCAGCUGGCUUGAUUCAGAACAGAGCUCAGGCAGGUGCUCCCAGGCCACCAUUCCCAGGCACACCUAAGGGCUUAUCCCACACCUGCAGCUGGAACACACCUGUAUAACAGGGAGUGUUAGCAAAGCAGAGAUGCAGCUCUAGAAGGGCUGCUCUGUCUCAUUGUGCUGAGGCAGGCAGGAUGCCCACAAAGCCUGUGUUUGGGACAGCACAGCUGCCUGAUUGAGUGCAAAGGGAUUGCUUCAGAACAUGUUAAUCUGGACUCUUCCCUGAGCAAAAGCAUCUUGCAAGAAGCAAUUUAUAGAGGAGAUGGGUGGCCUGUUUCAUCUCACUUCAUAAUAUUAAGUUUUAAAAAAAUGUGCUCUAAUGAACACUUACAGUUUCGUGUGUGUUUGUAAUGAGCAUUAUUGAAUUAUUUGUAUUAUUGAAAUACUACAAUUAUUUGUAUUAUUGUUUGUAAUGUAAUGCCUAAUUACAACAUUUAUCAAUUAUGCAUUAGCACCAUCAACACUCCAUAUUACAAAUAAAUACAUUUUUCUAACCCAAA